GUUCCUGCGGAGCAGAGCAAAGGGACUUCCGCCGUCGCCAUGAUCCCUCUUUCGCUGGUUGUGGUGGUAGUGGUUUGCUGGACUGCGGUCUAUUUAACCGAUUUGCUGCUGAAGUCAUCUGUGUAUUUUAAGCAUUCGUAUGAAGAAUGGCUGGAAAACAAUGGAUUAAGCAUCUCUCCUUUUCACAUAAGAUGGCAAACUGCUCUUUUCAAUAAUGCCUUUUACAGUUGGGGACGGCGGAAAGCAAGGAUGCUUUACCAGUGGUUCAACUUUGGAAUGGUAUUUGGAGUAAUUGCCAUGUUUAGUUCUUUUUUCCUCCUUGGAAAAACACUAGUGCAUACUUUGGCACAAAUGGUGCCUGGCUCCCCCUCUUCUUUGUCUUCCUCUUCUGUUCACAGUGAGCAGGUUCUCCAAGUUGUGGUUCCUGGUAUAAAUUUACCUGUCAACCAACUGACCUAUUUCUUUGCUGCAGUCCUCAUUAGUGGUGUUGUACAUGAAAUUGGACAUGGGAUAGCAGCUAUUAGGGAACAAGUUCGAUUUAAUGGCUUUGGGAUUUUUCUCUUCAUUAUUUAUCCUGGAGCAUUUGUUGAUCUGUUCACUACUCAUUUGCAAGUUAUAUCACCAGUCCAGCAGCUAAGAAUAUUUUGUGCAGGUAUCUGGCAUAAUUUCAUUCUUGCACUUAUGGGCAUUUUAGCUCUUAUUCUCCUCCCUGUAAUUCUUUUGCCAUUUUACUACACUGGAGUUGGGGUGCUUGUCACAGAAGUCACUGAGGACUCACCUGCCAUUGGACCCAGAGGCCUUUUUGUGGGAGACCUUGUCACUCAGCUACAGGAUUGUCCCAUUACUAAUGUGCAAGAUUGGAAUGACUGUCUAGAUACUAUCACCUCUGAACCCCAGAUUGGUUACUGUAUAAGUACAUCAACUUUACAACAGUUAAGCUUCCCAGUUAGAGCAUACAAACGACUGGAUGGUUCCACUGAAUGCUGUAACAAUCACAGCCUCACAAAUAUGUGCUUUUCCUACAUAAAUAAUAUUAAUAAACAUUUGCAUACAUGUCUGCCUGUCCGGAAGGCAGUUGAAGAUAGCCAAGUUUGUAGAGCUAAUAAAGAUUGUAAAAAAGGUUCAAGCUUCUGUAUAUGGCCUUCUUUGGAAAUUCACACUCGCUUAAUAAAAGUGAAACAUCCACCUCAAAUUGAUACAUUGUACAUAGGACAUCCACAGAACCUCCAAUAUACAGACAAUGGCAAAGACAGAGACUACUACAGCAAAUACUGGGAUGAAGGAUGGGACCAAAAAGUAACAUUAAGCAUAACUGGUUUUAUUCCACGUUUCAACUUUUUAAGCAUAGAUCUGCCUGUGACUGUGGAAACAUUUGUCAAGUAUCUGAUUUCCCUCUCAGGAGCUCUGGCUAUUGUUAAUGCGGUGCCCUGCUUUGCUUUGGAUGGACAGUGGAUUUUAAACUCUUUCCUGGAUGCUACCCUUACCUCAGUGACUGCAGACAAUGAUGUCAAAGAUCUGAUAGGGUUUUUUAUCUUGCUUGGUGGCAGUGUACUUUUGGCUGCCAAUGUGACCCUGGGACUCUGGUUGGUUACAGCACGCUAAUAUUUGCACUAAUCUGAUGGAAUCUCUUGAAUUACAAUAUACUGCUGUAUUAUAAUAUUUAAUGCCACUCAACACUUUACUGGCACGAAAUAUAAAAGAUUACUUAAAAUUACAUUUUAGCCGACAACUUUGAGCUCCAUUUGUAUUCAGAAUAUCCAAACUUUGGUGUGGGAGAUAACCAAAAGAAAUGAAAGUCGUAGUUACUACUUUCUAGUUUUAAAGAGUGAACAUAGAUAUAUUAAAUGCUUGUGGAACAAUUUAUAAACAAGUAAAAGUAAUGUAAUACCAUUUUGUGUGACUACAUAUUGUGUUAAAAUAGUAUAGAAGAAAAGAAAAUUGGGUGGAAUUAAUCAGGAAAAACAUUUUUGAAAGGAUCAUUAAUCAGGAUUUGGAGGAGACCAGACUUAAGCCAAGUAGGAUAGUGAGCAUUUUCUUGGCCUGUCUCUUGGUCUUUAUCUUCUUUGAAAACUAUUUUUAAACUUGAUCGUGUAUUGUUUUCUGCUCAAAAAACUGAAGCCUGAUUACAAAUAAAUUAAUAAAAUAUUUGCUAACAUGAAACAAAUUAUUUGCCAAAUGAUGUGAAAUAAAUGAAUAAAAUAGGAAAUAAGACCUAUGAUGUCAAGACAUGUUUUACCCAACAAUAGUUGCCUCUUUGUUAUGUGCUUUCUGUAGUGUCAUAAAGCAGUGUUAGUCCUGAUAGUCACAAUAAACUGCAUGAAGUGUCUCAUACCUGCAGUAUGUGAGAAAAUGGACCUAAAGUUGAACAGUAGAAGUAAGUCAGAUCUUCAGAAAGGGCACAAAUGUGUCCCUUCAGCAUUCCUUGCUACCAUUUUCCAUACAGCUUUGAGGCUGUAAAACUUUCCACCUUGGACAUUUUCUUUUGCGCUACUAAGGCCAUAUGAGGCCUGAUUCCUACAUUCCUGAUUAAAGAAAUAAGAAUCUUAGGCCUUGAGCUAUGUUCUGUCCUUUGUUGCUACCCUGUUUUGCUGUGCCAGAUAAUAAAACACCAGGUCUUUGCCUUUCAUACUUCCCUUAAGCUACUUCUGAGGGUCCAUGCAAGAUUUUGUAGUAUAAUGAGAAUGUUAUACAUGAGCACAAACAUUUUCCAGAUCCUGUGAUCAGACUCAAGCCUGAAAGAAUCCCACCUGGUUCAAGAUCUCUUAGACCUGAGAUACAACUAUAGGAAUUUGAGAAAUCAGUAAGCCAGUAGAAAGAAAUCAGCCUUAGAAAUAUAUUAAUAUGCUAUUUCUGUGAUGAAGAAUACAUGCUACUUUUAUACCCUAAAAGUAACUUCACUAUGUUACAGACAUUGGAGUUAACCUUUUUCAGAACAUUGAGUUUUUUCAAGCACUAAAACUCAUUAUCUUUAAUAAUAUCCUUUUAGAUUUUAGUACAGAGUCGGAUAGGUGGAUGAAUGGAUGAAUGGAUGGAUGAAUAGGUAGAUAAAUAUGGAUCUGUAUAAAAUUAUAUUUAUGUAUAAUUUUAACAUUUUAUUAAAGCAGUUAAAACCAGGACUGAAACUAGCCAAAUUAUUGAUUUAUCUAAGGAAAAUAGGCAUUUGUCAUAUUCUUAGUCAUUAUGGAUCUCAUAUUAAUAGCAUAAUAAUUUUCAGAUUUCUUCAGAUAUGUUCAGAUAUAUAAGAAAAGCAUCAAAAAAGAAAAGAAAUAUGUAUCUCUUUGUGCAUCAGGGACCAGCUUUGCAUAUCUGCUACAGUUCAUGAGGUGUAAGUUCUUAAUAAGUGUGGUUGUAUUCAUGAUGAUUAGUAUUAUUUAUUAAAUAGAAAAGUAUGUUUCUUUUUGAGUAAACUAUAAAAUUAUUAUUCAAUAUUUAUUGUAAAUGUAUAACAAAAAAUAAUUUGGAAAGUCUUUGGGGCCCUGUUGUAUUCUUUAUUGAAAUUGUUUUGGUUUCUGUAGAGCAGUUGGAAAAAUAGUUUUGAAGACUUAAGAAAGUGUUACUAACAGUUAAACUGUAUUCUCAGUGUUCCUCCUCUAUGCUGUUUACAUUUUACCUCCAGGCUACAAAGAAUGUAUAUAUUCUUUUCAGCAUUUCAGUUUGCAAAGACUUAUAGUUAAACUUGACUUUUUGAUAAUUGCUCUUAUAGGUCAUUGUCCUAAGAGUAAGCUGUAUAUAUGUGCUUUCUGGAUAUGUGGCUCUCAGUCAUUUGUCCGUAGAUAUUUAUUUGAAUAUCCACAUACUAAUGGUACACAACUUUAUUUUUCUAUGUAUCAUUUGACUGUGCUGUAGUUCAGUCUUAACUUCAGCUUUAACUUGAAGAUAUCUUAAUUAUUAAAUUUGUUGCCAAUAAGGAAAUAAACGUGUUCCAGAAUCUUA